GCAAGGGUGGCAAGUGUGUGGCAAGUGCUGCGAGCGGAGCAACUGCAGCAGACAAACAGAUCAAAGGCGAGCAGUCAGGAGCGGAUUACGUGCAAAGUAUCUCUGGGUGGGUGUAGAGCAAUAAGGAAACUGCAAAUGGAUAUCAAAAUGUAGAAACGAAUCGAAAUCGGCUAAUGCAGACGGCAUCGAGACGCCUCCAUGGGCAAGUGUGUGUCCCGGCAGUCGGCGGCACUGGGUAGCUGCAACAGUUUGGCGGCGGAACAUCAUCAAUCUGUGCUGACAUUGGCGCUGUCCCACCAAGAUUUGGCCCAGGCCCACAAAAUAUGGCAACGGCUGACAGCGAGUAAUGAAUAUAUAGCCGCAACAGCAGAGCAGCCAUUUUAUUACCACAUAAGCCGCAGCCACGCAAAGGACACAGACACAGACACAGAGGAGCACGAGGAGGCGAGGCAAGCAACUGCUGUGUUGCACAUUGAGUCUGUCUAUAAUCAUUUGGAUGCCCAUGUGGAUGCGGAUGUGAAUGUGGAUGAUAUUAUUGGCAAUACGUUGACAGGCAACAACAACAGCAGCAAGAACAUCAAUAACAACAACGACUACGACGACAAAGCCACUUUUGCCACUUGCCAGGACUUUUUGCUGCAGGAACUUGCCCAGACACUGGCCGAGUAUCAUCAAGUGCCACUCGUAACUCCUUCACAGGGCCAGCAGAGCAACUGGAGUGGCUUCAUCACACAUGACACAUCCAUCUGGCAGCCGAUUAAUAGCUUCAGCGAUAACGAUUCCGACUAUGAACAUGAAAAUGAACACUUCCAACAGCAGCAGCAACAACAGCAGCAGGAACAACUCCUCCAGGGUCAGACGGAGAGCAAGAAGCAUGGUGGGAAGUCGCAUCGACGUCACAAUGGCAAUGGUCCGCCACAGGAGCUGACCGAGCGGGAGCAGCAGGAGCAGCUCCAUACCAAAGGCACAGCGAUGUCCUUUGGCUUUCGCAAGAAGCUCAACGGUACGCCCAAAAAGUUCAAGAAACUGCUGGAAGGAGGCAAGACCCAAACAGACACAAAGGACGACAAUGGCAAUGCGGCGCCCCCCAUACACUUUGAGAAAGUGGGCGUUGCCGCUACCAAGACAACAACAACAACAACAACAAAUACGAGCAACAAUCGUACAGGUGCGGCUGGCAAGCGUUUUGGCUAUCGUGGCGCGCUCGUGCCACGCCCCGCAUCCACAAGCCUAACAACAACAACCACAACCAGUGGCAGCGAAGACUCCGAGGAGUCGGCAGCAAAUGCUCAGAACAACAACCCCAACAACAACAACAACAAUGGCAACAAUGGCACCACAACAACUGGUCAGGGACUGGUGAGCAAUUUGAAGCGUCGCUCGAAGAGCGCACACACAGGUCGCACAAUUGAUGGGGAGCCGAAAAUAGCGCAGCCAAAGCAGCUGACGUUCAAUCUGAACCAGAACACAACCAUCGAGUAUCAGCGCCGCCAGUUCUUUGGCGAGAUUGCCGAUGAGGCGAACACGGCGGCAACAGCAACAGCAACAGCAACGGCAACGAUUGCCAACCGACACCGCUACAACUACAACAAUCUGGCCAACAUGCAUGCGAAUGUCAUCGUUCGUCCCACGCCGCGUGCUGCGCCCGCCAGCUUUGCCAAGUUUACGUUGCAAACGGUUAGUCUGCCUCGGCCGGAGUAUCCGGUGGCCAUUAGUCUUACGGCGACAACACCCACAACUCCCAGCAGCAGCGUACAAUCGCCAGUUCCGGCACACAACAACACCGGUGCUCGGGCCAAGGAUAUUCCGACUGCUGCAAGGCCACAUCCGUUGACCUCGAUCCAUGUGCAACCCAGUCGACAGUUGGAUCAGAAGAGCGUCAAGCAGAUCACAAACAAUUCGACACGUCGGGGUUUCUCGGGCAGUCGGGAGAUUAGCGCCGAUUCGGGCAUUGCCAGCAUGGAUAUGGCUGUGGAUUCGGGCAGCAGCUCGGGAGGCAGUGCGUCCAGCUCAAAACGCAGUCGCAGUCGCCCGAGGAAUCUGCAGAUGGUGAUGAGUGGACGGCAUACAUUCGAGGUGCGCGACGUGGAUGAUCCACUGUCCAGUGAGUCGAACUCUUUUGUGGAGACACUGGCGCUGCCCAAGUUGCCCACGGAUAACAGCCAGACGGCUCAGUUGCCGCUGCUGGGAUUAGUGCGUUCCAAUACGGUGCUCAGCCGGGAGAGCUACGAGCGACGACAGGCGACGGCUGGACACGAUCAGGAAACACCGGAGACUCCACCCAAGCCCAGUGGCUCCGAUGAUAGCGAGAGUGUGGACGAGGAGAAGUUGUAUCUGGACUCGUCCACCUCCGAGAAGAGUGCCAAACAGCAGAGUCACAGCCAAUCGUCGUCCAUGUCCUGGCGCUGCCAGGCGGGCGAAUCCUUGGCCGCCAAGGAUUGCAGUAGCAUGAGCAUCACCAGCAGCGACACUCAAGCGACUACCAAAGCGGAGGACAAGGAGGAGGACAUGUCCCUGGGCAUGGAUGACAUCAGCUUGAUCAACACGGAAAUGCAAUUUAGCACAAUUUCUUCAAUGACGGAAGCGACACCAAAGCCGAGCAGCAGCAGCAGCAGCGGCUAUGUGGCCACCGAUCCGGAACACUUGCUCAACAUGCACAUUGUGGACAAUCGAGAGGCUGUCGUCGAUCAAUUGCCCUUGGAGCGUCCCCGCUCCUUCAACAAUGCGCUCAACGAAUCAAAGUUUGCCGAAUUGGCGCUGGCAAACAGCAGCUGUCUGCUCUUGGAUGACGAGACCUCGCCAACAGACAGCUUGGUCAGCAGCACCGAGGAGAUGGAGUCCGAGGAGGCGGGUGGCAAGCUCAAGAAGCACAAGUUGAAUGCGGAGUUGCAGCAGAAGGAUAACAAUGAGGUGGACAUUGAUGAUAUAUCGCCGUUGCUGGAACUGGAACUCGAUAUGGCCAGUCACAGUCCCCAUUCCCCCGGUACGCCCACACACGCCUCCCACUCGCUUUCGCUCGGCUCGGAUUAUGGCAAUCUGAUCGAUGACGAGAUUGCCGAUCAGCCGGCGUUGCUGUGCAACAGUGAGGCACCCGAUCUUGCCACCGAUACGCCCACCCUAAUGGAGACACACACUCACAACACCCAGACCGGAUCACUGCGAUCCCUGAAGAGUCAGUCCAAGGCACGCACAGCCCUACAGCAGGCCAUCGAGUUGAGCCUGCGAACGCCGGCUGCAGUGCGACGAGCUGUCCUCGAGAGUGCCGAGUCCUUGGACACGCUCUCGCCCUGUGAGUCCAUCUGCUCCGAUGAUCUCAUGAUGGACUUUGAUAUGAAUAGCAGUGUGGAUUCCAUCGAUCGUACGCUGUCCGUGCGCAGUCGCAGUGGCUCCGAUCUGCACAAGUUGGGCGCCGACCUGGAAGCGGAUCAGGCCGAGACCGAAGCGGAGCUGCUCGCCCAGCUGGAGUGCAAGGGCAGCGACGUGAUGAAGGAGCUCAACAGUCUGCUUCGCGUGCGAAUGCAACGCUCUGCACCCAGUCCCAGGGAGCGCAUCAGCGCCAAGCUGCCUGCACGCGCCACACGCCUGCUGAAUCGCUCUCGGUUGCAGGAUCAGGCUGGCAACGAGUCCGACAACAGUUUGCGUUCGACACACAGCGGCGCCUCCUCCAGUCGCAAGCGCAGCACAGCCGCCUCGCGUGCUUCAACCGCCUCCUCCACAUCGAGUCUGCAGCGACGCCAACAGCAGCAGCAACAGCAGAAGCACCAAUCAGCCACGUCGUCCGGUUCGAGGCGCACAACUGGUCAGCGUCCGGGUGGCAGCAACGCAGAGCUGCACAGCUCAUCGGACGAUCUGAUGUUGUAUGACAAGUCCUUCAGGAAUGCCAUGAUUCAGGAUGUGCUGCAGUUCAAGAAGCAGCUGUUGCGACUACGUCGCAUCCUUCAGGAGACGGAGACGCUGAAUCCCUUCGAGAAUGAUAAUAUGCAGUUGUUUGCCGCCUGUGGCCUGGAUAGCAAGCAGUUGAAUGACAUCGAUUUGGCCAGCCUGACAUCAUCGACAACGGAGGAUCCCUUGCAGGAGCUAUCCGAUCUACGUAGACAGGUUGUUUACCUUCAGGGUCAAGUGGAUGAUCGUGAUCGCACCAUACGCCUGCAGCGAGAUCUUAUCGAGCAGCUCGAGGCGGAGAAGCGCCAAGCGAUGCCAGCUGACGGCAACGUGGCAAACCUUGUCAACAAGGAGUGCAUCAGCAUGGCCACCCAAACGGAGCGAACACGUCCACUUGCCAUUGGUGCGGAGGGUUUGUCCAGAAGUAAGCCUGAAUAUACCAGUUAUACCACGCACUUUCCGACGCUCCACUUGCAUCAUUGCAACGAUUCCACCGUGGCGGCAACAACAAUAAUACACCACCAGCAGCAGCCACAGCAGCCAUGUAAUGGCAACCACAACAACAACAAUAAUCACAACAACAACAACAACAAUUGUCGUGCUUUGAGUCAGACACGUCGUCACACAAUUAUUUCGACCACGCUGACCAACUACAAUCAACAGUUGGCUGCCGCGGCAUAUCCGCGUCGCGCCUCCAUCGGUUGGGAGGCGGCUGUCGAGACGGCCACGCCCACAACUGCCCCAGCUGGUGCUGCUGCUGCCCCUGCUGCUGUUGUGGUACGCAAGCCCGUGCGAAUAACACUUAUUGGAGAAGCGUUGCCAUUGUCACAAAAUGGCGUCAAGGCGCGUUUCCUCAAUGGCGGCAGCAGCAGCAACAACAACAGUAACAACAACAGCAUCAACAGCAACAGCAAUGGCAGCAGCAACGGUAGCUUGGCGGGUGUUGCACAUCAUUAUCAGCCGUUGUAUAACAGCAACAAGAUGACAAACCCAACCGUAACUAUAGUCUGAUUUAGAUACCCACACUUUUUAACCCAUUUUCGCAACAAGAAAUGCGCACAAUUGUCAACAGGCGCUUAACAAAUACAACUAUUCUAGCUGAGUUUAAUAUACUAUAUCUAUAUAUAUACCACAUAACUAUAUAUGUAUAUAUAUAUACACUGAUGUACUCUCAAACUAUUUGCAGUCUUACCAAAACCAGUGAAAAUAUAAGCAGCUCUAAACUAAAGCUAAAACUGGCUAAUAACAGCUGUGGUUCAAUAUUACACUAGCUUACAAAACUGUGUAGAUCUUUGUAUACCCUGCAUCUGCGACACAUAAAGCAUAUAUAUUCUUGAUCAGCAUCAACACCCGAGUCGAUCUUGCCAUCUGUCUGUCCGACAAGUUCAGCAAUUAAAACCAUAAUUCUCAAUUUAUAACACUCUUAUACUGAAUGACUAUAUGUCUACACAUAAUAUUGAUCAGGUGUAAAAAUUGCAUUCAUUUAGAAUAACAAACCCAGAAGUUAUUUGUAUUAUGUCAGUUGGGUGCAGGGUAUAUUCCAGUCGAGCAUUCUUACUUGUUUAGACUUCUAUCCAUCGUUGUGUAGAAAACUUAUAGUUGAACAUAUUAAAGGAAAUCAUCAAAAUCGAGAUACAGUUUUAAGUGUAAGCUGGUGUAAAAUAGCCACUAGAAAUUCAAGAAGCGUAGCUUUAAGAGCUCUCUGAGAAUUCAACGGAAAAUAAAAUAGUUUAGAAGUGCUCCAUGUACAAUAAUACAAUAAAUAUGCAAAAUGUGCAACGCAAGUUAAUUAAAUUAAAAAUAUCGUGUAAUUUAGUGGAAUAUUCUUCAUACAAUUAUAAAUAAAAGCUCUUUAGACAGCUUAUCAAUCAACAACUAUAUCUAUAUCUAUUUAUAUAUAU